AUGGGCAGACUUCGUUACCUUACUAGUCUUAUCGCUCCGGGUUUAGUUGCCUUUGAUCCCGGCUUCACUGCCAGUUUUCCUCUUGCUUUGGCUCCAGAUUUAGCUGAUUUUGUUCUCGGCUUUGCUGCUUGCUUUGCUGCUGGUUUUCCUCUUGCUUUAGCUCCAGGUUUGGUUGCUUUUGCUGCUGUAUUUCCUCUUGCUUUAGCUCCAGGUUUGGUUGCCUUUGAUCCUGGCUUUGCUGCUUGCUUUCCUCUUGCUUUUGCCUUUGAUCCUAGCUUUGCUACUGGUUUUGCUAUCGGCUUUACUGCUUGCUUGGCCGCUUGCUUUGCUACUUGCUUUGCUGCUGGCUUUACUCCAGGCUUUGCUCCAGGCUUUUUUCUUGCUUUAGCUUUAGGUUUAGUUGCUUUUGAUCUUAGCUUUGCUGCUGGUUUUACUAUCGGCUUUGCUGCUUGCUUUGCUACUUGCUUCGCUGCUGGCUUUCCUCUUGCUUUAGCUCUAGGUUUAGUUCCCUUUGCUGCUGGCUUUGCUGCCGGCUUUGUUGCUGGUUUUGUUGCUGGUUUUGUUGCUGGUUUUGCUGCUGUCUUUGCUGCUGUCUUUGCUGCUGUCUUUGCUGUCAGCUUUCCUGCUUGCUUUGCUGCCGGCUUUCCUGCUGCUUUAGCACCAGGUUUCGGUCCUGCCUUUGCUACUGGCUUAUUGACCCUGCGUUCUUCUAAAAUGACCGAGGGCUUGUUCUCGUAG